AUGAGCUAUCUGCGCACCGUCCCCCUCGCCUCCAUACGAUCAUCGCCGUUAUCGACCCUUCUCCGUCCCCAUCAACACCACUACCACCCCAGAUCGACUCCGAUCGCCCUCGCCUUCUCCACCUCCGCCUUCAUCAUGGCUCCUCCCAAGGCUGCCCUCGACUUUGUCGACUUUGUCAACGCCUCGCCGACUCCGUACCACGCCGUCGCUACCGCCGUCGAGAUCCUUGAAAAGGCUGGCUUCCAGCAAAUCCACGAGCGCGACUCCUGGGCCUCCUCCGUCCGCCCUGGCGGCAAAUACUACGUCACCCGCAAUGGCUCCUCCAUCUCCGCAUUUGCUGUCGGCCACAAGUGGCGCCCGGGCAACCCCGUCGCCGUUGUCGGCGCCCACACCGACUCGUGCUGCCUGCGUCUCAAGCCCGUCUCCAAGAAGUCGCAGGUCGGUUACGACCAGAUCGCCGUGGAAAAGUACGGCGGCGGUAUCUGGACCUCAUGGUUUGACCGCGACCUGAGCUUGGCUGGACGCGUCCUCGUCCGUCAGGGCGGCUCCAUCGUGCCCAAGCUCGUCAAGAUUGACAAGCCCCUCGUCCGCAUUCCCACGCUUGCCAUCCACCUGCACCGCCAGUCCGGCUUCGACCCCAACCUCGAGACGGAGAUGCUGCCCAUCACCGCGCUCGCCGAGCAGCAGCUCAACAAGGCCCCAGCUAACGCUGGCCGCCGUGGCGACGACGACGGUGAGGAGGACUUCCAGCCCCUCGCCGACAUGACCGACCGCCACCACCCCGCAGUCCUCGACAUCAUUGCUAACGAGGCCGGUGUCUCGGUCGAUGCAAUAAUCGACUUUGAGAUGGUGCUCUACGACACUCAGGACGCCUGCGUUGGUGGGCUCAACGAUGAGUUUGUUUUCGCCCCCCGUCUGGACAACUUGGAGAUGACAUACUGCUCCAUCCGGGGUCUCGUCGCCUCCGUGCAGGCCAAGGAUGCGCUUGACAAUGAUAGCACCAUUCGCAUGAUUGCCUGCUUCGACCACGAGGAGAUUGGGUCCACAUCGGCCCAGGGCGCGCACUCUAACAUGCUACCCGCGGUCCUGCGUCGCCUCGCCGUGCUCCCUGGCAGCAACAGCCGCGACGCCCAUUCGGACAAGAGCUACGAGUACGUCUCGAGCGACGCAGGCGAGGAGUCGACGGCCUUUGAGCAGACGCUCGCGCGGUCGCUCCUCGUAUCAGCCGACAUGGCGCAUGCCGUACACCCAAACUACCAGGGUAAAUACGAGGGCGCGCACCAGCCGGCGAUGAACAAGGGCACUGUCAUCAAGAUCAAUGCUAGCCAAAAGUACGCGACCAACUCGCCCGGCAUCGCGCUCCUGCAGGAGUGCGCCCGCGCUGCCGAGGUGCCCCUUCAGCUUUUCGUUGUCCGUAACGACUCGCUCUGCGGCAGCACCAUUGGUCCCGGCCUGGCCGCCCUGCUGGGUAUGCGCACGAUUGACGUGGGCAACGCUCAGCUCAGCAUGCACAGCAUCCGCGAGACGGGCGGCACCGCUGAUAUUGGAAUUGCCAUUAAGCUGUUUGAAAAGUUUUUUUCCUCGUACGGCGUCAUGGAGCCCAAGAUUCUGAUUGACUAA